GCGACGCCUGUUCUUCCUGCUCUACCGGGGCCGCCUCUUCCUGGGCGCCCGCCGCCAGCAUCCCCGCUCGCCUCUCCGGGAGAUGUGGCUUUCUCCCGACUUGGGCUGGCCCUCCCGGGGUCCCGGAGGCGUCUCGGUCCCGCGGUGACCACCUGGUGCUGCCGCCCCCAGGAUGAAGGGCGGAGAGGGGGACGCGGGCGAGCAGGCCCCGCUGAACCCCGCGGGCGACAGCCCCGCGGCUUCAGCCACAUACCGAGAGUUCGUGCAUCGCGGCUACUUGGACCUCAUGGGAGCCAGUGAGCACUCGCUGCGGGCGCUCAGCUGGCGCCGCCUCUACCUCAGCCGGGCCAAGCUCAAAGCCUCCAGCCGCACGUCUGCCCUGCUCUCUGGCUUCGCCAUGGUGGCCAUGGUGGAGGUACAGCUGGAGAGCAACCAUGAAUACCCACCAGGCCUGCUGGUGGCCUUUAGCGCCUGCACCACAGUGCUAGUAGCUGUGCACCUCUUUGCGCUUAUGGUCUCCACGUGUCUGCUGCCCCACAUUGAAGCCGUUAGCAACAUCCACAACCUCAACUCCGUCCACCAGUCACCACACCAGAGACUCCACCGCUAUGUGGAGCUGGCCUGGGGCUUCUCCACUGCCUUGGGUACCUUCCUCUUUCUCGCUGAAGUUGUCCUGGUUGGCUGGGUCAAGUUUGUACCCAUUGGGGCUCCUUUGGGCACACCGGCCCCUGUGGUACCUGCCUCCCAGGUGCCUGGGACUCUGCCACCAGUGGCCACCUCCCUUAGCCCGGCUUCCAAGCUCCCACCAUCCCCUGAUUCUGUCGCCCCAUCACAGGCUGGGUCGUCUGAGGCUUGCCCACCCCGGCAAGUGUGUGGUGGUGGUGGUGGAGCCCACGGGCCAGGCUGGCAAGCAGCCAUGGCCUCCACAGCAAUCAUGGUACCUGUGGGGCUGGUGUUCAUGGCCUUUGCCUUGCAUUUCUACCGCUCCUUGGUGGCACACAAGACAGACCGUCACAAGCAGGAGCUAGAGGAGCUGAGUCGCCUGCAGGGGGAGCUGCAGGCUGUGUGAGGCUGGUGUUAGCCUCUGCUGCAAGCACUGCCUCCCUCAGGGAUCUGCAAGAGGCCCCAGGGGCCUAUGGACCUCAUUCCCUGCCCCUGGCUAGAGCCACUUCCUGUGGCCACUCUCAGGUAGAGACCGGAUUCCUGCCAGAUUCGGGGUCCUUUGGGCUGAGCCUUGGGCAACUCCCACAUUCCCAGGGAUUCUCCCUGUCUGUCUGUCCCAUGGGUUUUGCAAGCUCUACUUUAUGUCUUGGCCUGGAGGGGUAGGGGAGGAAGGUUCUCAGUCCAAGGCUCAUGUGGUAGGUAGAGGAAGACCCUGGUCAGACCUUGGUACUGACCCUCAGCCACUCCCCACUCCACAGGAUGUGGAGGUCAGAAGGUUACACACCCACCCAGCUGCCCUAGAAGGCAGCCAACCCUUGCUUUAUUUUUGCAGAAUUUAUGUUAUAGUUGGCAGUUUGGGGGAAGCUUUUCCCCACCCCUGAUUUGAAUGGGUUCCACACUGUUGCUUUAGUUGCUGCAGAGAGAUUUGGGUGCUUCUACCCCAGGCAUACUCCCAACCUUUCCCAAGAGGAGCUUCCCUAUUUUUGGAGAUUCAAGCCCACUCGCCACUGUUGGCAACCUCUGGCCAUAUGCAGAAGAGGCAGGGCCUUCCCCACUGCCCAAGGCCAACACUUGUGCUUCCACAUCUGGUUUUUGCCCUCCUGGGCCAGGGCUGUGGGUCUUUGGAGACUGAGGGCCUGUGUGCCCAGCCUGACUCCCUAGCAAGGGUGCGGAUGAGGAGGUUUUAAGCGAGAAGAUCCAGCCCUAACCCUUGGAAUACAGAGCUGUUCUGACACUGAAUUCUUGAUGCAUCUUGUUUUGUAUAAUAAAUUGUGUUUCACAGAUUUCCGUGUAGCUGUGA